AUGGAAGGUACCACUACAGGUGUAGCAUCAUCAGCUGGAGCAAAAUCAUCAGCUGGAGCAGAAGGCUCUGAGGGCACAGGAGCAACAGGUGGAGCUGGUGGCAAAAGACCGAGAGUCUGGAAAGAAGCGAGCAAGUCACGAUACUCUGCACCAGGGAUAAUAAUGGGCGGCUCUGGGAUAGGAGGAAUAGCAGGUGGGGCAUCAGACGAUGCUGCCGCAGGUACGGGCUCCGAGGGAGCUGAAGUGGAUGAAGCAGAUAUAGAUGAGAGAAGCUCUCUUGACAAUGGCGGCGGGGCUCAGAAUGAGGGUCUGCAGGGAAACCUAUAUGUGCCAGAACAUGGCAUAGUAGUCGAGGGAAAAGUAAAAGAAUGGUGUCUGCCCUCGUAA